AUGGACGCAUACGAAGAGACCGACAAGCCCAAGCUGGUCGUCGUGAUCGGAGGUACUGGGAUGGUCGGCGGCUCCGUUGCCCGAUCGCUGCAAGAGAAUCCCAAAUGGCGCGUUCGGCUAACCACACGAGGUCCAACAACGCCCAAAGCGAAGCAGUGUAUCGACGCAGGGUUCGAGGUAGUCAAAGCAGACUCGUGGAGCGCGCAAGACCUCGACGCCGCAUUUCGAGAUGCGCACGCCGUCUUCCUCAAUACGGACUCGGACGACGCCAACUUCAAGAAUGAGAUCGGUCCGCCCGAGGCAGCCAUGGGGAAGCUGGUCAUUGAUGCUGCGAUCAGGCAGAACGUACGGUAUUUUGUCUUCUCGGGUCUCCCCGAAUCCGCGAAAUUGACGAACAACACCGUCUCGAUCCUCUCCUUCGACAACAAAUGCGCAAUUGCCAAUUACGGGCCCAAGGCGGGCUUCGCCUCGUUCGUCGAGGUCAACAUCGGCUGGGCCAUGGACAUCUUCUGGAUGGGGACCUACGGCAAGGCUUUUGGUGGCUUUGCGACCAUACCGGACAGUGAGGGGUUUCUGACCUUGAAACUCUUCCCCAUGGCCAAGACGCCUUGGACCUCUGUGCGGGAUGAUUACGGCGAUGCCGUGCAUGCAGUUCUUCUCGAUCCGAUGCGAUAUAACAAUCGCACGAUUUGGGCGAUCUCUGACGUCGCGAGCUUUGAAGACGUCGCCGAUACUUAUAAUCGCGUGACCGGAACCCAGAGUGCGCGUUUUAUCCCUGAGCUUGAACGGUUGAAGGCUGCGACACCGGGAAAGACGAAGGAGGUGAAUGGGCUGCGCGAUUAUUGCCAUUACGUGAGGGGCAACUACUGCAAUGGGCAACCCACCAACGAUGAUCUGAAGCGAGAGCUGCAGGAGCUCAAGGCUAUUGCACUCGAGGCUCGUGGUCGUACUGCACGUGGUUUGAAGGCUGAGCCACAGACUGUUGAGGGGUUCAUCAGAGCGUACUGUCCUGUUAAAUCGGGUACCAAACUAUAG